AUGAAUAUUGCUGUUGAGCCAAGUUUAAAUGUUAGCGAACUUGAGAAAAUCGGCAAAUUAAGCAGUCUCGAUUUUGCGCAUUAUUGGAUUAAGGUCGAUGAAAAUGGAAAUAAUGCCGAGAAAAUAUUUUUAUUUAAGGCAAUUCGAGUUCUUGAAAAUUUGCUUGUGCAUUUGAUGGAGAACAGCGCAGGAGAUUCAAAAGAUAAUGAUCUUUUCGCUAAUUACAUGAAACUUGGUCAUGUCAAUUUACUGGCAAAAGAUUUUGCAAAAGCACUCUCUGCUUAUCAGAAAGCAUAUAAUCUCAAUAAUGAUCGUUUCUGGAAAGAUCCUUCAUCUUUCUUUGGUCUUGGAAUGGUCUAUUUUCACUUUAGAGCCAAUCUAAUUGCCACCGAAGCAUUUAACCAACUUUUGUUUACUUUUCCAAAUUUAUCGAUCUCAGUCGAAGUACAUGCACGACUAGGAUUUCUUUACAAAAAUCUCGAACGUUUUGAACUCGCUUUAAAGCAUUUUAAUGCUGCCGUAAAUGAUGUCACAGAAAGCUCAUUCUUAUCAAAAAUUGAACUUCGCUUUCAUAUUGCGCAUUGCUAUGAUUGUGCUGGUGAUCUUGAUCGUGCUUUCAACGAAUAUCAUUCUUUAACAGCAGUUCAAUCAAAUCAAUUAUCCAGUAGUCUACGCGCUCAAAUUUUACGUCAGCUUGGCUGGAUUUGCUAUCGUCAAGAAUGUCCAGCUGAAAAUCGUCAGCAGAAGAUAUUUGAAGCUGAACAAUAUCUUAUACAAAGUCGAGAUUUGGAACCUUCAUGUGGCAAAACUUACUAUUAUUUAGGUCGUUGCUAUGGCGAACUUCCAGAAAGGGCUCACGAUGCUUUCGCUAACUAUAGACAUUCAAUUGACAAAUCAGAAGCUGAUGCUGACACAUGGUGCAGUAUCGGUGUGCUUUAUCAACAACAGACUCAGCCUAUGGAUGCACUGCAGGCUUUCAUAUGUGCUGUUCAAUUGGACAAUGAACAUAGUGCUGCCUGGAGUGAUCUUGGUCGGCUUUAUGAAGUGAACUGUCAGUUUUCUGACGCUCUUCGUUGCUUUAAAAAAGCUCUCAAGUAUCGACCAGUGGCACCAGAGGCAUUAAAAGCCAGAAUACGUGUGUUGGAAAAAGAAUUGCAUCCUUCGCUGAUAGGCAAUCCACGUUCUCUUCCUCCUAAUAAAUUGCCUGGCUUGGACGAAGCUUGGCGAUUACCUAUUCCCGCCGAAUUAAGUCAACGACAGGAAGAAUUUCUGAAAGUCAAACAACAGCGCUAUAGGGAUGGUGUUCCACUGAUUACUAUGGAUUUACAACAUUUUUUGAAAUCAAAUGAGAGUGUUAGCUCGAUUAACGAAAAAUUACUGGAAGUUUUAAGAUCAAAUAAGUCGAAUAUUGCUAUUCAAAAUCCGAUCUUAAUAUUGCAUUUCGAUCAUAAAUGUAACGAGAAGAAAGAAGAAAUUCGGGAACGAAAACAUUUACAAGAUUCUUCUGCUUUGCCGCUAGUGUCCCAAGAUGAUGUUCUUAAUAUUCUUGGUAGUGUUUCCGUUAAACAGGAAACUAUUAAUAUCAGUGAUACGAUAGCAGUUACUGAUUCUAGUAAAACAAAUCAAAAAAACGUUAACCAAGAGGCUGCUAUUCCUGUACAGGUGAAUUCCUCGUCAGUAAUCUUGGAUUUCCCUCACUCAUUCUCGUUAACUGCAAAACUUAAAGUAUCAACGACAAUAGUUUCUUCUGAAUUGAUGGAGAAAUGUAGAAAGCGCUUCGAACGGCCAAAUGAAUUUGCUGAAAUAUUUGAUGAGCGAGUACCGCCUCCUAAAAAAAUUUUUCCAAAAAUUGAAAGACUAUCUGCCGAAAAAUUACUUCGACAAACUCCAGUCAUCAUAGUCGAGUCGCGCAAAGAUGCCCAUUCUUUUGAAUUGCAAAAUUUUUGCUACAAUAAUACGAUCACUUUAGUUCGUGGUCUAACAACUAUAGAAAUUAAAACUCAAUAUCGAAUGCCCAGUGAUUUUAACGUCGAUCAUCUAGGAAAUCCAACAUGGGCUUGUUGCAGUACACGCUCAUUUUCAACCAUAACAAAGUAUGCUCAGUAUCAAGCUCAAUCAUUUCAACAUGCCAUAAAAGAGGAAGCAGAAAAGCUUAGAGCAGCUGGUGCAAAGUAUGGUAGUAUCGCAGCUGCAUCGAAUGAAACGGGAAAUAUAUCAACAAAACGUCGUCGUUCCUUCUUCUUCGAAGAAUCCUCAAUGCCAAUGAAGAUUUUGAAAUAUGCUACGAAUAUAGAUCUUUCAGAUGAAAAAAAAUUCAAAGUUCAACUUGCUGAAUUAAAUAAAUUACCAGCAUUUUGUCGCUUAGUGGCUGCGAGUAACAUGUUAACGCAUCUUGGACACAUAGUUUAUGGUAUGAAUACUGUGCAAAUGUUCAUGAAGGUACCUGGCGCUAGAAUUUCAGGCCAUUUGGAAAACAGUUGUUUUGCUUCCAUAAAUAUUAAUAUUGGUCCUGGAGAAUGUGAGUGGUUUGCUGUUCCAUAUGAAUAUUGGCCAAUUAUUGAUGAUAUGCUUCGUGAAAGAGGGCUUGAGUUUCUGAAAGGAUCAUGGUGGCCGGAUAUAGAUGAUUUACUUGAUGCUGAUAUACCUAUUUAUCGAUUUGUUCAGAAGGCUGGUGAUUUAGUAUGGGUUGGAAGUGGAUGUAUCUAUUGGGUUCAAAGUCUGGGUUGGUGUAAUAAAAUUGCAUGGAAUGUUGGCCCUUUAACUGCUUUUCAACUUCAAAUAGCUUUGGAUAUGCACGAAUGGAAUAGACUUCAUGUUGGUGGUCAAUUUCUUGAUCUGUUUAUUCAUAUUACUGGUUACAAAUCUUUAGUGCCAAUGCAACAUCUUUGUUGGCAAAUGGCUAGAAAUGUUCGCUUUUCGAAUCGCGAUUUAUUUGUGACAAUAAAGCAAGUUCUAAUAAGGUCAUUGGCUUAUUGUAAGAUGAUUGCAGAGGCUAUCACUAUUGCUGGAAAACCUAUCAAAAUGCUUUCUCGUCAGAAAGGCGAAGCAUCUCAUUACUGUUCAGUUUGUGAGAUUGAAGUUUGGAACUUGCUGUUUGUUCGAGAGGUGAACGGGAAAUAUCCUGUUUAUUGUGUACAAUGCGCUCGGAAAGCCGAUUUUACAAACUUCGCAAUAUUGCAACAAUAUACAUUUGACGAUCUUUCAACAAUUUUUGAUCAAUUCCGGCUUUAUCCUAUAAUAUAUCAGAUGUGCACGUAG